GGGCCAUGAGCGCCGCCCGGCCCCAGUUCUGCAUCGAUGACGCCUUCGAGCUGUCCCUGGAGGAUGCGGGCCCUGGGCCCGAAACCAGCGGGGUCGCUCGCUUCGGUCCGCUGCACUUCGAGCGCCGGGCCCGAUUCGAGGUGACCGAAGAGGAAAAGCAGUCACGGCUGCGCUACCAGAACCUGGAGAAUGAUGAGGAUGGAGCCCAGGCCUCUCCAGAACCGGAUGGGGGAGUCAGCACAAGGGACUCCCGAGGCAGCUCCAUCCGCAGCUCGCAGUGGUCCUUCAGCACCAUCAGCAACGGCACCCAGCGCUCCUACAGAGCCUGCUGCAGCUGGACCCAGCACCCGUUGAUCCAGAAGAACCUUCGAAUCGUGCUGGCCUCUUUCCUGCUCCUGCUGCUGGGGCUGGUGCUGAUCCUGGUCGGCGUGGGACUGGAGGUGGCCCCCUCCCCAGUCUACCACGUGAUCUUCAUCUACUGCGCUGUCCGGGGCCACCGGGGCUUCCAGUUCUUCUACCUGCCCUACUUCGAGAAGUGAGGCUUAAGCCGCGAGAAUGGCCGAGUUCCAGCGCGGGCGCCGAGCGGCCCGGGGGCGCCCCGGAUCUCCAGGGAAAAGCCCCCACCACCACCCCUGCUCUCCAGGACGUGCGAGCCCCAGGCCCCUGGGUUUGCUCAGGAAGUUUGGGGCGCACAGGCCCCGCCCACCCCCUAAAAAAAAACGGGGAAAGUCGCCCCUUGCCCGCCACGUGCCUUAACUUAUUCCUGCCCGCGAGGCGGCCGGUUGGCGUUUUAUAUUAAUAAAGGAGUGGUGGCUACCG